AUGUCUCGGCUGCAAACCCGCGCGUUCUACGGCUUGCGGGACGACGUGCUGGGCAACGCGCACUUCGUGAGCGACGAUGAGGUGCUGUACCUGGUGGGCAGCGCGCUCUGCGUGCACAACUUCUCGCAGCGACGACAGCGGCUGGCUCGGCUGCCGGACCGGCAGCGGGUCAACCUGAUGAGCGUCGCGCCCAACAAGAAGUACGCGGCCCUGUGCGAGGUCGGCAACAAGCCGCUGAUAUCCAUCUACGACCUGCGCACGCUCAAGCGCAAGAAGCUGCUGGGUGUGCCCUACGAUGCGCCGGGCCUCACGAGCUUCGCCUGCGUGGGCUUCUCGUUCGACGGCAAGUACCUGGCGGCGGUCACCAGCGAGAGCCAGACCAUGCUGUUCUACAGCUGGGAGAAGGGCAAGCUGGAGUCGAGCCUGGAGCUGGCCAACGCCCAGAACCCCGCCGCGAGGGUCCACCUGAUAGCGUGCAACCCCGGCGACGCGGGCAUCAUCGCCGUGGGCGGCAGCGGCGCCUUCAAGCUGCUCACCGUCUCGGAGACGCUCUGGCGACCUUACGGCUUCUCCAAGGCCGACAACCUGGUGGUCAGCGCGCUCGACUGGCUGAACGCCGACAGGUGCCUCGUCGGCACGCGCGACGGCCGAGUCCUCUUCCUAGAGAAUGGCGAGCUGAAGAACGUCUUCAAGAUGCCCGACACCAGCCUCGUCAACCUGAAACUGCGCGAGGAGAACGUCGCGCAACACCCGGCCUCGCAGACCGACCUGCACGAGGACGACCGCCGCGAGAUCCUGUGCCUGGCGCCGUUCAGCCGUGGCUUCGCCUUCGCGCUGGGCUACGGCACCGUGCUGCUAUUCGAGAAGGACGGCCAGCAUAGGUACGUCAAGAGGAACGUCUACGUGAUCCCGCCGCAGACGAGCAGCCGCGAGAGCGACCAGCUGUACCGCGUGAACAGCAUCAGCGUGAACCCCAGCAACGACAAGAUGCUCGUCACCGCGGCUUGGUCGCAGCUGUUCUGCGUCAGUCUGUGGGGCCCAGACCUCAAGGCCCAGCCCGAGCCGCAGCUGGUUGACAUCAUGGGCCACGACCUGCACCACGGACCCAUCGGUGGCAUGUCCGUCUGCACCUGGAAGUCCCAAGUCGUCACCUUCGGGGCCCUGGACCGUAGCGUGCGCGUCUGGGACUACGACAGCGAGAGUCUCGUGAUGAUGAAGCAGUACUUGGAGGACAUCGCCUGCAUCGUUCUGCACCCCUCGGGUCUGUUCUGCCUCAUCGGUUUCACCGACAAGCUCCGCUUUAACAGCAUCCUCAUCGACGACUUCGUCACCAUCAAGGAAUUCUCCAUUCGAAGCUGCAAAAUCGCUUCUUUCAGCAAUGGCGGACACUUGUUCGCGGCCGUUAAUGCCAACAUCAUUCAAGUCAUCUCCGUCGUCGACUUCAACAUACGCUUUCUGCUCAAAGGUCACACUGAGAUCAUCGGAGGAAUAGCUUGGUCCGAAGACGACACGAAACUACUGAGCAUCGGGUCCGAGGGCGCUAUCUACGAAUGGAAUAUGUUCAGCGGCAAGAGAUCUACGGAAAUCGUUUUGAAGGACGUCACUCUAAACGGGAUCGCACUCUCGAGCGACGGAGGGACGUACUACGUCACGUCGAGCGACGGUCGUAUUCACGAGAUCAAAGACUCUCUGCUGGUUCGAGCGUACAACAUACCAAGUGCGCAAUUAAGCAAAGUAGUAAUGGGCAAGGACGACAAUUUGAUGUUCGUCGCGUAUCCUGGAGGAUUCGUCGGUUCUGUGAAAUAUCCAAUGACAGAUCCCGUCGAGCUGAACGAGUAUCACUAUCACUGCACCGACAUCAGUCGAAUGGUCUUGACUUACGACGAACAAGUGCUGAUAACCGCGGGAACGGACGGGACUCUGUGCUUCUGGAAAAUAACGUACGCCGACGGCAAGGCUGCGGCAAUGAGUCGGGAGCUGCUGCACCUCGAUCAAAUUCUCAUAGGCAAAGAGGAUCUGAGCGACAAAGUGCAGACAAUAAAUGAUCUAAAUUCGCGCGUAAAGGAGUUGGAAACGGAGCACGCUUACAAGACGCGUCAGAUGACUCUACAGCACAACGACAAGAUGCAAGAGGUGCACCAAAGCUAUUGCGAGGCAAUCGAGGAGCUGCGAGACAAGAUCGACAAGCUCGAGGAGGAUCAUGCCAACGAGAUCAGCAGCAUCAACGUCGAGAUCGCGCGAACGAAAGCGGCCCACGAGGAGGCGAUGCGCCAAAUGGAAAUCAGCUACGACGCCAAGCUGAUCGUCGAGUACGACAAGUACAGCGAGUUCGAGCUGCGUUACGGAGACAUGCGCGAGGAUUACGAGCGUCAACUCGCUGAGCUGGCCAACAAGAGCAAAGCGGUAUUGGACGAGACUGUCGCUAGAUACGAGGAGCGGUUGCACGAGAAGGAACUGCAGCUGAAGGAAGCGCACGAGGAAAUGGCCGAGGAGAUUCGCACUCACGAGAUAAUCAAGGAGCAAAUCGAGGACGACGCGGAUCGCGAGAUCAUCAACCUGCGCACGAGUUACGAAGGCGCUCUUUACGAAGAGCGUCAGCUCGUGUUGAAAUUGAAGGGCGAGGCUGGAGUACUGAGGAACAAGCACGCCAUGAGUCAGAAGGACCUCGAAGAGGUCAAGUAUCAAUUGAGCAGUCUGAAAGAUGAACUUAAUCAGCUGAAGGGCAGAAAGGACGCGUUAGAAAAAGACGUGGCCGAUCUGAAGAGUGAAGUACAGGAAAGAGAUGCGACGAUUCAAGACAGAGACAAGAAGAUCAACGAUCUCAAUCUGGCCAACCAAGAAUUGGAGAAGAUCAGAUUUGUCCUGAAUCAUCGUAUCAGUGAAUUAAUGGGUCAGAUCGAGCCGCGUGACAAAGAGAUUGCUGAACUAAAAGAGAAGAUCACGGACAUGGAGAAUGAGUUAUUAGGCUUGAACAAGACAAAUCAAAAUCAGCAGUUAAGGCUCUGUGAGAGGGAAGAAAAAUUGAGAGCAGCGAAACGAGAGAUUGAGCUUGAAUCGCAACGACGUAAGGGGUGUCAACAAAUGCUGCGCAAAAUACGCAUCGAGCUGCUCAACACUGCUGGUCUUAUUCAAGAGCCGAACGCUCUGAAGAGUGCAGUUAUCCGACUGUACCAUCGGUACAGCGACCGCGACGAAUUUCGGCGUAUUCGUCAAGCAGAUCUUGACGCCCAAUGCGAGUUCAUGAAGCAAAGGGACCACUUGGAGAAAACGAUAGCUAUAUUGAAGAAACAGCUGGCUCAGAGUACCGCCGGCGGUGAUGUACAGUUUGACCGAAUACUCGAAGAGAAUAUAUUGUUGCUAACCGAGCUGAACGGUUUGAGAGAAGAAUUAAAAGCGGCACAGAGACAUAUAGCAGAUAUGGAGAGUUUGCUAGGUUUAAAAGGUAGAGAUACUGGACCUUUGGAGGCUAAAGCUAAAUUAGAGAAGGCUUGCCACGAGAACGAAGAACUGGAUCAAAAUUACAAAAUGCUAAUUCAAGAAUGUCAAAAAAUAAUUAGCGUUUUAAAAGAUGAUAUCGAACGCUUGAUCAACAAAUUCCCAGAGAGAAGAGACUCCAUGAAGACUAAUGAAUAAAUUGCGUUGAAAUCCUGCUU